GCGCCGCGCAGGUGUCAACCUCACAAAAUCGCUUCCGCUUUGACCUAUUUUAGUAACGCCAAGGAAAUGGCGACCUGCAGAUGCUAAAGACAAGAAUGUUAAGGAGUGUGUUCAGUGUGUCAGUGCUGGUGGUCACUGCUUUGGCAGUGUCGCGUCCACCAGCUAUCUUCCUCCAGCCUACUAAAAACAUUUACUACAAGGCUUAUGAGACAGUACAGAUGCCAUGCAAGGCAACUGGAGAACCCAAACCGGGCUACUUCUGGAAGAGGAACGAGAUUGAUUUCAACCCAAGUGGCAAUGACGUGCGUAUUGUCCAGCUCCCCGGGGCCGGCACGUUGGUCAUCAACCGGCCAGAGGACAAGGAUGAGGGCAUCUACCAGUGCUUCGCUCGCAACGACUUUGGCAUCUCCGUCUCCGUCACCGUCAACCUGAGGCAGGCCCGGUUGGGCAAGUUUGAUUACGCCAAGCCUCGCAAUCACUACCCUCGCCUGGGCCAGCCGUACAUGCUGAACUGUGUGCCUCCUGAGAGCGUGCCGCCCCCUGCCGUGUUCUGGGUCACCAAGCUCAAGAUUGGGGGCAUGGAGGUGCUCAACUACGAUGCACGUGUCUCGAUGGAUCGAGAAUAUCGGCUAAGAUUUGCUCAUGUGGAACCUGGGGAUGACAAAGAUGGCCAACCGUAUGCCUGCGUGGCUUCCAACAGCAUCAUGAGAGACAACUCACCAGGACCGCUGCACUAUAUGAUACCUCAAGGGCGUAUGGAGUAUCGGACUGUAGAGUACCUUUGGGCUGAUCAGAAUGACAGGUUUGGUCUGGCAGGGGACACCUUCAAUGUCAAGUGCAUCUUUGGUGGCAACCCCACACCUGAUGUCCACUGGGAGCGGACAGACAACAAAACCAUGUCGGACCGAGCGAAGCUCAAAAGUUUUGCCCAGGAGCUGGAGAUCACAAAUCUGCAACCAGAGGAUGCUGGGAAGUACGAGUGUUGGGCCACCAAUUCCAUGAGUCAAGAGAGGAAGAUCAGGACGUUCUCCAUACGUGUGCAAUCAAGACCAGUUUUUCUGAAGGAACCACAGGACGUUGAGAUUGGGGUGGGUGGAAACGUAGAAUUUGAGUGUGUGGCUGAGGCUAACCCAGAACCCAGUAUUGUAUGGUUUGUGGAUGGCACACCAUUUGAUAAGCUGGAGGACCCGCGGUUUAAAGGCCGACUGAAGAAGCCCGUAGAAACGAAGCUGUUCAUUGAGAAUGUGGUACAGACUGAUCACAUGGUGAUUCAGUGCAAUGCUUCCAAUACACAUGGCUAUGUGUUUGCUGAUGUGUACCUCAAUGUGCUGUCGGAAGCCCCAACCAUUGUUGAACCGCCCAGGGCUAUGCAGCUGAGUGCAGAGGGCCAGCCGGUCAACUUGACCUGUCAAGUGACAGGCAAGCCGGACCCCAUCAUCACCUGGUUCAAGAACAGCGAGCAGAUCACUGGGGGCCGUUAUGAGAUCCUGCCUAAUGGGCACCUUCAAAUCAGGAGUGUGGUCCUGGCUGAUGCGGGCCACUACCGCUGCCAGGCGCAAAAUCGCUUCAACUCAACCAGCGCAGAGGGAUCACUGGUCGUACGACGUAAAACCCAAAUAGAGCAGCGACCCGGUGACCUUGAGGUCAACGCGGGCAAGGAUGGCAAAUUCACCUGCUCUGGCACCACUGACCCAGAGGAGGUGAAUAACUUGCGGAUCGUCUGGUACAAGGACGGUAAGCCGAUCACAGCCAAUGACCAGCGGAUGACCACCAACAACCAGGACAACUCUCUGACCAUUAGCGGAACCAUUGUCCGAGACUCUGGCACAUACACCUGUGUGGCCACCAAUGGGCUUGACCAAUCAUCAGCCUCCGCUGUGCUCACGGUCAAAGACCGGCCGGACGCCCCCUCCAAAGUGUACCAUGAGUACUGUAACAAGAACGCCACGCUCCACUGGAUGCCGGGCAGCUACAACAAUGCUCCAGUGCAGUACUACGUCCUGCAGUACAAUACCUCCUUCAACCCAGACCAGUGGAACUUCGGACUCAAAGUUAAUGCGACCUUAAACAAAGUGAACAUGACUCUGUCUCCGUUUGUGGACUACACAUUCCGUGUCAUCGCCUACAACAAGAUCGGGCCUAGCGAGCCCAGUUUCCCCUCCAAGGUUGUCUGCACCACCAAGCCUGACCGGCCAUCUUUUCAUCCCCGCAACCUGCGCACAUUAGGCCACCAGCCUGGGAAGUUGUACAUAGAGUGGACGCCAAUACCCCCUCUCCAACAGAACGGGCUGGGUUUUUACUACAGCCUGCAGAUUCUGCGUGAGGGUGACUCAGAGGAGCUCGGCUUACAGACCUUCAAAAUCAACGACUGGGAGACAAGCUUCAAAGAGAUUAGCACGGGGCGAGUCUACGAGCCCUACAGGAUCACCAUGAAGGCCGGGAACAAUCUCGGGGAAGCUAAAGAGAAUGCACCCACCAUUACUGGGUACAGCUACGAGAGCUACCCAGUAAUUUCCCCAACCAAUAUUCAAGUGAUUGAGAUUGGUGAUACAUACGCUGUCUUCACCUGGGAUUUCUUGAAGAGUGAGAUUGGCAAGAGGAACACCAAGAUCAGAGGACAGUUUAUGGGUUUUAAGAUUCAGUUCUGGGAGGAGAACUACAAGAUUUUCACCAUCCGCGAGGAAGACAUUGGCCCAGACUCUGCUACCAACACGACUGGCAACACGUUCAGGGCACGUGUCGAAAACAUGCUACCCAACACACGCAUGGAAGCACACAUUGCUGUGAUGAAUAAUUUCUACAUCGGGACUCCGACUGACUCUGUGAGAUUCAGGACGCUACGUGGAUUCCCUGGUCCAGUCCAGUACUUCCGGCCAAUCAACAUCGGGGACACUCACGUGAACCUGGAGUGGGGUGCCCCUGAGGAGAACCGCGGUGACCUUGAGGGAUAUGAUAUCAGCUACAGGCUCGUAAACGGUCUGGACCUCGGUGAGAUGCAGGAAAGAGAACCCCAGAUCAACGACCCCUUUGCCACCAACAGCUACCUCAGUGGACUGAGUCCCCGCUCCAAGUACCGCAUCUACAUUUAUGCCCGUACGGUCAAAGGUCGCGGGGAGAGUUACUUCAUCGAGGUCAUCACCGGAAAAGCAGGAACCCCCAGGAUGCCCAGCUUCAGCAUUGUGUCCGUGGGUAGUCACAACAUCAACAUCACGUGGUGGAUCAACGCCUUCGCAGACUCUGGCACCGUGGUCUUUGUGGAGUACAGAAAGCUAGAUGGUGCAGAAUGGCUGCGAACAACGGAUGAGGUGGUACACACGUGGAAAAACAUUGAGAAUCUGGAGGCUGGCACCAAGUACGAGAUUCGCCUGAAGACCACGAACGGGGUUACCAGCGUGGCCUCUGGCAUUGAUGAAGUGACCACUGAUGGGACAGCUGAGGCAUAUGCACUGGUGGGUAACCCGCUCUGGUUCGCCAUGAUGCUCCUGUCGAUCGUCCUCAUCAUCGCUCUGUUGGUCCUCUUCUUCAUCUGUUAUCGCCAAGGGUUCCGCUUCAAUGACCGAGCAAACACCCCCUACUCCUACAAUGCGCCAUACUCGGGUACAUACGAUA